AUGACUUGUCAAGCGAUUAAACAUGUGACUUGUCAAGCAAUUGAACAUGUGACUUUCAAGCGAUUAAAACAUGUGAUUUUUCAGUGGUUAACCGUUUUUCUAAUUAUAAUAAUUUUUUUAAAUAUAUACCUUUCUGAAUCUACCAGUUUCGAUGAUGAAAAAAAAGCAAAACGGUCUGACGAUAAAGCAAAACGAACAGUAACAAAAAGUCCAAAAAUAUGUAUUGUUGGUGCGGGACUGUCUGGACUAUUCUCAGCCCUUCUUUUGAAAGAGGCCGGUAUUAAAGAUGUAACUAUCCUUGAAUCUUCUGAUCGCGUUGGAGGACGUGUUUAUACUAAAUACUUUACUGCGGAUGCGAAUGAUGAUAAACGUUUAUAUGCUGAACUUGGAGCAACUAGAUUUCCUAUUGUUGAGGGUCAUCCUGAACUUUCUCAACAUCAAUUAGUUUAUGAUACUAUUACUUAUCUUAACGAAUAUAAUAAAGUAAAUAAUCCAGAUAGUGUAAUGAAUCUUACUUCAUUUAAAACUUUCGAUAAAAAUGCUUUAUAUUACUUUAAUGGAAAAAAAGAUGCAAAUGGCAGUAUAAUAACCAAAGGUAUCGCUUUUGGUGGUGCUAAAACUACUGCCUUAGGAUAUCCUGAUUCAAUCCCUGAUGGUUUUCUAGACAUGUGGGACGAUGCAUUAGCUCCCUUUUUUGACUUACUUGAUAAAAAUUUCACAAAUGGAAUUGAAACUUUAAAACUUUAUGAUUCAUUUUCUGCUUAUGAUUAUCUAAAAGAUAUCUAUUUUCCAACAAAAUUACCACAAUCUAUGGCUCCUUAUGAAGAAGUAAUGAAAGCAAUUGAAAUGAACGUUUUAGGAACCGGCAUUUUUAGCAGUUAUGGUUUCGUUGAUCUUACUCUUAAUGAAUAUGAGUUUGGCAGUCCUAGCCUUAAUAUAACCCAGAAAACAAUUGAUAAGGGAAUGCAACGAUUUCCUAACGCUUUCUUACCAUUGAUCCAAAAAGAAAAUUAUACAUUAAAUUAUAAUAGUGAGGUUACUAAAUUAGAGAUGGGUGAAAAUCAAACUGUUAAAGUAUAUUGGAAGAAUGGUGAUACAACAUCAUCCGAAGUUUUUGAUAGAGUAAUUGUUACAGCUCCUUUGGGUAACGUUUAUCAUUGGGAACUUCCUCAAGCAUUCACUUAUUAUAAAAAACGUGCACUUCGAGAACUUACUUGCAUGAAUGCUGCAAGAGUAUAUCUUCAAUUCAAAUCUCGAUUCUGGGAAGAAUCUCCUCUUGUAACUGGCGCACCUAAAACGAGUACCAAUCUUGGAAUUUUCGGUGGCGCUACUUCUACUGAUCUUCCGAUUAGAUUCAUUGUAUACCCAUCACAAUAUGCUGGUACGCCUACAAAUAGCUCUGCAAUUCUGUUAGCAUCUUACGUAUGGGACAGUAGUGCUACAAAAUUUAGUCCGUAUACAACCGAUGAACUUUACGAUGCCGUAUUAAAAAAUUUAGUAACACUUCAUGGUGAUAUAGCAAAAACAGAAUGGGUUUCAGGUUCUGAUAAUAAUAUAGCUUUCAAUUGGGCACAAUAUAAACAUUCUAUUGGUGGUGCCUUUGAAAUGUUCUCGGCUGGACAAACUGAUGAUUUAUUAGGUGCUAUGAUGAGACCUGAAAUUUCAGUUCAUUGGGCUGGUGAACAUACUGAUAUACAAACUGGUUGGAUGGUCGGUGCUCUAAGUUCAGGAGCUAGAGUUGUUAAAGAGAUAUUGCUAGCAAAUGGUAUGGAUAGUCAAUGGGCGACACUAAAAAAUUCGACAUUAUUAAAAUAUUGGAAUGCACAACUUGAUUUUAAAGGCUACUUUUAA